AUGGAUACAAAGGAAGAAUUACCAGUUUUCUAUCAAGAUAUUGGUGCUACUAAAGAUGAAGCGCCUAAGGAUAAAUUUAACUUGGUAUAUUUAAUAUUCUUAUUACAAGGAACAGGAGUUUUGUUCCCUUGGAAUGCUUUUAUUUCAGCACCUGACUAUUUCAGUGCUUUAUAUUUCCCAAAUACAAUGUUAUAUUUCAGUGUAGCAUAUUCAGUACCUAAUUUAUUGGGUUUAUUAUUUAUGAUUAAAUUCGGAUCUAAAUUAUCAUUGAGAAUGAAAAUGAUUCCUGCUUACGUUUUAACAUUUUUCAUUUUGAUCCUUGUUCCAAUUUUAGGUUUUGCAGGAGUUAAUGGCAUUGCUGGAUUUUCAGUUACAAUUGUUUUGAUUAUUUUGGCUGCUUUGUGUACUUCAUUAUUACAAGGUGGUAUUUUUGGUUUUGCUGGUGUUUUACCUCCAAAUUACACACAAGCUGUCAUGUCUGGUAACGGUAUUGCUGGUGUUGCUUGUUCAUUCUUGAGAAUUGUCACCAAAUUGACCAUUGAACAAAACAAAAAGCAUGUCCCAAUUCAAACUAUGACUAUCUCAGCUGCUGUUUAUUUCUUUGUCUGUGCUUUGGUUAUCAUUGCUUGUAUUGCUACUUUCAUUAUUAUUAUGAGAACUCCAUUCGUUCAACAUUAUUUGCAAAAGGCAUCUGAGCCAAAGACCUCCAUUAAUGAUCAAUCACAAUCCUAUGACGAAGUUUCCACAUUGGUUCCAACAAGUACACCACAAAAAUCUGGAAUUUUCACAGUUUUCAAAAAGAUUUGGAUUCAAGCUUGUCUCGUCAUGACAGUAUUUUGGAUGACUCUUUCAGUUUUCCCAGGUUUGUCUGUCUCAGUACCAACUUAUUAUACAGGAACUGUUAUGAAGGACUGGUUGCCAAUCUUGAUUGGAGCUAGCUUUAACAUUUUCGACUUUAUUGGUAGAUCUGCUCCACGUUGGAUUGUCAUGUUCAAUCGUAAGUGGGUUGCUGCUCCAAUCUUUGUUCGUCUCUUGUUGGUUCCAUUAUUCGUUUUCAUGUACAAGCCAAGCAUUGUUGGUUUGGAUGCUUUCAAUGAUGCUGUUCCACUUUUGGCUAUCUCAGCUGUUGCUUUGACAAAUGGUUAUCUUUCAUCAUUGUGUAUGAUGUAUGGUCCAAGUCUUGUUGACGAUCAUGAAAAGGAAACUGCUGGUACAAUUAUGACCUUCUUCUUGUUGAUGGGUAUCUGUUUGGGUUCAAACACUGGCUUGGUUAUUGGUCAAGCUAUUCCAGGCGAUAUUCAUCCAUAUGUUGAAUAA